UAAAUUCCAGAGAACGACCUUGACUAAAAGUUUGCACCAUUGUUGAGAGAGGCAACAGCUGGCCCUGACGACUAGUCUCCGGCGAACUCUCGUUUAUCCGGGAUUAUGGAACCUGACGAACCAGAGAACAACAUUCCUGACGAAUGGUGGAACUACAUAUGGUCACCCGGUUCCUCCAGAUGAAGAACAGUAGCAAUCCUGAAGUUAAAAAAUAUGCUUAUCGGCUAGCUAAAAGUGAUGGAAGCUUUGAUACACUCUUAGGAAUGGGAUGUAUGGUGUUGCUUGAAAAGUCAAGCCUAAAUGUAUUGGAAGAACUUCUGAAGGGUUACCCAGAAGACUUUUCUCAGAACCUCGGAGAUCUCCUGAUAGAGGCAUUCAGGAUUAUUUUGGACUUUUGGAGAGGAUCAGAAUUACAGAUAGGCAUUGACUAUGACGAGGUUUGCGAGUAUGACAUGAUGGCAGUUUUCGAACAUAUCCUGACCAAGUUCCAAUAUAUUACCAAAAUGGAGGAAACUCUGUCACUAAUGAGGAAUUCUUACACGAAUUAUGGAUUUUAG